AUGCACGUGCGGCGGACGUUGAUGCAGAAAGUGGCGGGUUCGCCUCACCGCCAUAAUCAGCGGCAGUCACGUGAUGGUAAUAACGCCGGGGGCAAGGCACACGAGAACGGUCCCGGUGGUGGUACCAGGGGCGGACGAACGGGCAAGCCGCCCCCCCCGAAGAACGGCUCGCAUGCAUUGCCGCGGCCUCCGCCAUCACCAUUAUCGCCGACGUUGCCCGGUAAGGGAGACCUCAACGCGGCGGCAGCGGCGGCGGCGGGUGGAGCGACUGCUAUGAGAGGGGGUGGGCAAGGCCACAACCUGCCGCAAGGACUGGCGAGAAACCUGAGCAGGUGCUUUCAGGCGAAGCACGGGACCUCCGCGACGGUAGGAGGGGCCGCCGCUCAUCGCGACAGCGACGAAAGCCGUGGCGAUGACUGCGAUGGCGCGUGCUCCGUCUCCUCUGGGAACGGCAACGACGAUCGCGAGCCGCGCGAUGGCACGCACGUCCUCAGCAGGAUGGCCUCGCGCUACACCACCGUCGCGAGCUCGUUCGAUCCCCGGAACCUUAUCAACAAUCCCACACUGCGGCAUUCCUUUUGGGGCGGUGAGGAACACGACGACAGCGGGAAGGUGGACGGGGAUGGAAGCGAGGAGGCGGAAGAGGUCCCUCUUACCCCGAAAGUCGAGCUGCGCAUGUAUUCGGUCGGGGCGCCCCGCGCAGGGAACUCGAUUUUCGCCGCCCAUUGCGACGAAGUGGUGCCCGACAGCUUCCGAGUGAUGGUCCACGGUGACCCAGUCCCUGGAAUCCCCACCUGGCGGUACGCCCAUGCGGGCACCCAGGCAUUGAUCGACGGCCGCAGGAGGGCAAGCUUGAUGAUUGACCCGAGCUUCGCUGAGAAGAGAUUUUUCGCUCGGUCCAAGCGCCACGUGCUUUCCGACCUCGUCCAGGCGUACCAAGCGGGACUAAGCUGCAACCUGUUGCAGCCGUACGGAAUCAAGGACAACAGCAGCAGUGCGAAGGAAAGGCAGCAGGACGAUGAGGACGUCGGCGAAGAAGCGGAUACGAACACGGACAGCGAGGGGGAGGGGGUCCUGCCGUCUUCGUCCAUGUUGGUGCUGGUGAGCAUGGAGGGGAUGGUGAAAUCGGUAAAUCUGUGGGGAGAGCGAGAGACGCGUUACAACAGACAGCUCUCCAAGACGGCGGUGAUGGUAUUAUCGGUCUUGCAGAAGGGAGCAAACCGGCUGCUCCGUCUCUGGCGUAGUAGCCGGGAUUUGGUGGCGAUCGAGGAAGGCAGCGACUAUGCUAUAUGA